AUGUCUGGAUGGAAUGCUUAUAUUGAUAAUCUUAUGUCAUCAUCUGAUGGAAUUAAAAAGGCUGCUAUUAUUGGAUAUCCAGAUGCUUCUGUCUGGGCUCACAGUGAAGGUGCUGCUUUGUUUAAUGUUAUUGAACCAGAAUUGAAGAAAUUUGCUAGUCUUUUUGAUAACAUAAAUGCUGUACCAUCUACUGGCGCUGACUUGGAAGGCAUUCAUUAUAUUGUCCCAAGAAUAGAUGAGAAUCUCAUUUUUGGGAAGAAAGACAAAAGUGGUUUUUUUGCUGCUAAAACAAAAUCAGUUAUUCUUAUUGCUAUUUAUGAAGGGGAAAAUGCCGUAGGAUCUGAAGUUCGUUCUGCUGUUGAGAAACUUGCCGAGUACCUCACUGAUUCAGGAUACUAA